AUGGAGUGGUACGAUCUUCUCGACUAUGCUGUUCCUGUGGACAAAUAUACAUGUUCUAUAACCAUACCAGAGAAGUUUGUGCGCAGUGUCAGAGGAAUGAUCUCUGAACUAGUCAAACUAGAAACUCCAGAUGGUAAUACAUAUAAUGUUCAUAUUGCCAAGGAACUGAAUAAUCUAGUCCUUCGAUCUGGAUGGUCAAAAUUUGCCAGUGUUUAUGAGCUUCAAGAGGGUGACUUUUUGAGGUUCAAAUACAAUGGGGACUCCCACUUCAAAGUUGAGAUCUAUGAUCCAAGUGCUUGCGAGAAAGAGACAUCCUGCGUUGUAAUGAACUACAAUCCAGGUCUCCAAAAACGGAGCGUUCCUCAUGAUAAUCAAAUGUUAUCACCGGAGGGUGAAAGGUUAGCAAAGCGUCACAAUGGUUGCUGCAGCGACAGUUGCAAAACUUCAAAGAUGAAUCCAGCAGGCUCUCCACACAAACCAACUAAAAAGGAAGUCCCAUCUUCUGAAGAUGCCAGGAGUUCAGGUGAACUUCAGACUUCCACCAGGUCUCGCUAUUUCUUAGCAACAGGGUGCAACCUGACUGAUGCACAUAAGGUGGAAGUCGACAAAAUUGAGCAAAAUAUCAGGCCUGAGAUUCCACUAUAUGUCAAAACCAUGUCCAGUGCCAGUCUGGUUGAUGGAUUUCUGGUCAUAUGCAAAGAUUACGCUAUCAAACACCUUCCAUGCAAAGACGAAUUCAUCACAUUUUGUCAUGCCAGUCAUAGCAAGACAUGGCGUGCUCAUUACAAGAUCAAUGCUGAUGAUACAUAUCAUCUUUCUACCGGAUGGUUGAGAUUUGUCGAUGACAACCAGUUGCAAAAAGGCGAUACUUGCGUGUUUGAAGUAUUAAAGAGGCAGAGAAGUUUCACAAUGGCAGUUCAUCUGCUUAAAGCAAGCUAUCAUCAUCCACCAGGAUUUCCCGCUUCUUCCAAGAGUCUUAGGCCUGAAGCCAAGAGUUUUAGGCCUGAAGAUAAAGUGAGGCUGUCACGAUUCAUCACAUUGGAGGGUCUGCUGAAGACUAAAGUGCAUGAGAAAGUAGAAGUUAUUAAGCCCGAAAUCCCUGUUUUUGUGUCUAUCAUGAUGAAAACCAAUGUUAGCGGCAGAAGCCUCAGUUUGGCCUUCAGUCUGGAUUAUGCCAAAGAUUUUCUCCCUGGUGAGAACCAAAUUUUCAGGCUUCAUCGGCCCGGGGAAAGCGCUCCAUGGAAAACUGAAUUCAAGAGCUUUGCUUCAAGGCGUUGGCUUGUUAGAGGCUGGGAGCAAUUUGUCAUUGACAACAAACUGGAACUAGACGAUGUCUGCCUCUUCGAGCGGAUUGAAAACAAGAAGAAGCUCAGGAUGAUGGUCCACAUCAUCCGAAAGAAAGAUGCCGGCGGCGCCGCGGACGGCGAGGGCCCAUGCGGAGGAGGUGCGGCACCGGCGGGCGUUGCUGACGUCGGAGCAGCGCGCCGACCCGCACUUACCGUCGACUCGCCCAACUGGGCUCGAUGGUUCGCCUUCGAGCACGAGGAGGCGAGGCGACGCGGCGUCCGCAGCGUCGACCACAGCCUUCCGCCGCCCGCGCUCGUCGUCCACGACGAGGACCAGGAGGCCGAGGCCGCCUACCAGGCGGCCAUCAAGGAGAGCGAGGAGGAGAAGCGUUACUCCACUAGUCUCGUCAGCCAGCGCCAGCACAACUCCUCUCUCUCCCUCUCUCUUCUCACCAGGAAGAAUCAGGGAAUGCAUGAAGAGCAAGAUGAGAUGAUGGGUGAGAAAGGGUGCGAGAGCUGCAAGAAGUGGCAGGAGCACUACUACUGGGAGCACAUGGAUGCGAGCAAGACCAAGUUCUUCAAGCUCAUGACACAAGAUUCCCAGCAGCGCAUUCGCAUACCGGACAAAUUUGCGAGCAAUUUCAUCAGGCAGAUGCAGAACCCACAGGGAUUUGACCUGAAAGCAACAAGCGGCGAAACAUGGCAUGUGGGUGUUACCAAGGUUGCCAAUGGCCUGUUCUUCAGUUCAGGAUGGGGAGAUUUUGUCAAGGCUCAUGAACUGCAGGAGAAUGACCUCCUGGUCUUCACAUUCAGCGGCAACUCCUCUUUUGAGGUUCUCGUCUUCGAUGCGACCGGCUGCGAGAAACUAUCUUCUCUCUUCGCUGGCGCUGGCAUGCGCAAACAUUUUCAUGGUAUGGUGGGUCAACAGGUUGAGCAAUACUCUCUAAGUGAUGAUUCUGAUUCUGAUUCUGAUGAUGACGACGGCGAGGAGGAUGACGAUGAUGAUACAAGUGUGCCGUGUCAGCUGAUUGAGUCCCGUCAGAAUGUCUCCACUUUAAGGAAAUUCAGUAGCAGAACCAAACCAAGGAAAGAGCUUCUUCCUGGAUCACCAAACUGUAGCAGCUCAUGUGAUGUUAAGCAUGAGGAAACUGAUGAAGAGGAGAGUGAUGACGACACAUAUGCUGACUUCGACUACUGCUACUCGAGGGCUGCAAAGCAACUACCCGACGACGAAAAAAGUGAAAUAAUCGGGCUGGCUUCGAUCCAACCGGGCAAUCCAGCAUUCAUGACAGUUCUUCUGAGGGCCCACCUGCAACACAAGAACAACUUUCUGGUCAUCCCCAGUAAAUUUGUACACGAACAUCUUCACAUGAGAUCACAUGAGGUUGUGCUCCUCAGGCCAAACAGAGAAGAGAGGUGGCAUGUCAGGUACUACCAGGGGAGCUCCAGCAGAGGCUUCAGGGGCCAACCCUGGGCCAAGUUCGUCCGUGACAACGAACUGCACGAGGGGGAUGUCUGCGUCUUCGAGCUGAUCAAAGGCGUGAGGAAUGAGAAGAAGGCGGCGAGGACGACGAUGACCGUCCAUGUUGUCAGGAGGAGGAGGUCCAACGGUCGGUUUGCCUUAGUGGGCUAAGUUCCUGCAGUGUGG